AUGGGUUGUACGAUUAGAAUGCAACAUAAGGGUACACAUAAGAGUAUUGGAUCAGUGUUCAAGUCCCACACCCACCAUCAGAAGCGACCGGCUAGAUUUAGAAGCCUUAACUUCAGCAAGCGCAAUGGAUGCCUCAAGGGUGUCGUCACCGAGAUUGUUCAUGACCCAGGUCGUGGUGCACCACUUGCUUGGAAGCAUCGAGUUCGAACUCUCAGCUUCUUCCCCUCCUUUCUUCUCGUCGAUGUCGCUUUUCUAAAGAUUUUUCACCCCUGUUCUCCGGCCAUCACAGCUGAUAUUCACCACAUUUUCACUCGGGUUUUCGGCAGUUUCUCACUGUCUUUUAGAGAUGUUUCUCGUCGCUGUCCAUCAUUGAUUCCAGUAAAUCCCUUCUCGUUGUCCUUCGGUCUUCAAUGCCCAAGCCUCAACAGCCUUUGCCUCCGAUGCAUAUUCGAUAUAUUUGACAAGAACAGUGACGGCACAAUCACUGUCCAUGAGCUCUGCCAAGCUCUUGACCUUCUCGGCCUGGACACUAACCCCUCUGAGUUAGACUCCAUCGUGCAUGGCUUCAUAAAGCUAGGCAAUACAGGGUUGGAAUAUGAUGACUUCGAAGCGUUGCACCAGUCAUUGGGGGAAACGUAUCACUGGGUGGACCAAGCAGAGGACCAAAGGGUGUGUGUCGCAGAUCAUUUGUCACAGGAGGAGUCGGACUUGACAGAGGCAUUUAAGGUGUUUGACGAGGACGGAGAUGGGUUUAUAUCAGCGAGGGAGUUGCAGGUGGUGCUGGGGAAGUUGGGAUUGCCAGAGGGAAGGGAGAUCAGUAGAGUUGAGCAGAUGAUCUCUUCUGUUGAUCGAAAUCAUGAUGGACGUGUUGACUUUUACGAGUUCAAGGCUAUGAUGCAAAAUGUCUUGGUCCGCAGCUCUUGAUUUCUUUCUUUAAUUAUUCUCUCGAGAGAAUUAUAUUA